AUUUAUUUACAUUAAAUUGUUUCAGUACAACCAUAUAUGGAACUUAAGCCUAACAGUAGUAGUGACAGAGCUUGGGUUUGGAGUACGAUGGCUGAUUUUGCUGAUGAAGAACCAAAACCAGAAUUACUAGCUAUAAAAUUUGCAAAUGCUGAAAAUGCUCAGAAAUUCAAAGAGGCUUUCAAUCAAGCUAAAGAUAUUUCUGCAAAAUUUUUAAAUGAUAAACAAGCAAUUGAUUCUUCUACAAAAGAAGAAAGUGAUUCUGGAGAAGAAAGUGAUGAAGACAAGCCAGAAGUUCAGACAGGCGCUGAUAAAGAUGAUGCUAAGGAAGUAUCUGACAAACUUUUGAAUCUCACCGUAGAGGAAAAACACGAGAAUACAGAAGAAAGUAAAUUAUCGAAGAAUGAAAGUAAUGAAAGUGAUUCAAAAUAAUGUUGAAUGUUCAACUUAACUGUGUUUUUAAGUAGAACAUUGCUGCAAUGUAAGAAUUUUUCUAAUAAGAAGCAAGAAUUUUUCCUAAUAAUUUUUCAAUUCUGUAUUGUCCAUUUAUUUUGAAGGCAGUUUGCCUAUCAAAGAUUAGAACUACAUAUUUUUUUAACUUAAUGAUAUUGGCCAUACUUCAUUUGUAGAAGUAUGUAUAUGUAUAUUCAACAGUUUAUAUUGCUGAAGACUCGCCUUUAUUUAUCCAUUACAACAUUAUUAAAUCUGGUUUUAAACUGCUUUGCAUCAAUAAUUGAAAAAUAAAUUUUGUGUGCCUCUGUUAUCGCCCUUUUUGAGUGGUUCAGGUAUGCAGUGCUUUCUGUUAUGCUGUUUGUUCCUGUCUUCGUUUUCAUAGCCUUAAGUAAGCAAAUUUCUUUAUCUUCUAUGUAUUGCAUCUUGCAUUUAUUAGAACUUGUGUAAAAUAAUUGUACCUUCAUUAUCAGAUGAGAAGCUUAUUAUUUAUGACUUAAAAAUGCCUAAUUUAAUGAAUUUGUGAAUUAAUAAAUGUGAUCAUUUUGCUGUAAAUUUUCAUCAUCAAUAAAAUAUUGUUUUAAAAAUCUCUUACAAUUUUUGAAUUAUCAGAAAAUAAAGCAUAAUUAAAAAAUUGUUUUCGUACAACAAAGACUAAGUAUUUCUCAGUUACAUUGAAUUUUAGAUGUAUGUCCAUUUUUGAUUAUAUAUUUUAUACCAUGUACACAGGUGUAAAUAAAAUGUGAAGAAUUUCCAUGGAUAAUCCCUUUAAUUAGAAUUUGGGACCAAAUAUUAAUUGAAAGCAAGAGAAAAUGCAGCAAGUGAAACAUAAAAUUAGUAACACAACAACCUUGAGUUUGGCAUAGAUUUAAGUCAAGAUCUCGAUAGAUUUCAUGGGUAAGCAGGCAAGACUGGAAAGCAGUGGGUGUAACAGUCGUAUUUAUACUCUACAGUAAAGCAAAACGAGAGAGUAGUGCCAUCUAUUGGUAAAAAUAUUAAUUACAUUCAAAAAUUAAGAUAAAAAUAGAAAUUUAAAAGCAUUAGGAAGGACUGGAUUGGACUUCAUCUUAUCUAGUGAAUCUUUGUGAAGCAGUGGUUCUGAGAAAUUGAGAGCAUGAAAUACAUAAUAAUAAAAAUAAUUGCAUGGAGUAACAUAUGUAUUAAAGUUCAAUCAUCACAUUGCUGCUGCUGAAUAUAUUAUACCUCUUUUAUUUAUUUCACAAAUGGAGGAAAGUUCUUUCAGAAGAAUCUGAGUUCAAUAUAUUUGGUUAUGGUAAAGCACUUGAGGGAGUGCUUUGCCAUAACCAAAUACCUAAAUAACCUAAGGGGAGGGAUGUGUUCAUGGAAGAAUUCUGUAGAGGACUUUCUAAGGGAACCUGGCUGACAUACACAUUACACAAGGGAAAACCACGGAAACAUCCAUACAAUUAGCUUGUUUGUGAAAUUUGGACCAAACAACCAGUGUUCAGUGACUACCGCUUGGCUGCUGGUGGGCCUCAGGAGAAUCUGGGACCAAAUGUUUUCAUACUGCAGAAUAAAGUAUACAUUAAUUUAACCAUUACAUAGUUGCAAUUAAAUAUAGUGUAUAUCUUUUAUUUAUAUCUAAAAUGUAUAAAAUAAAUUACAGGUUUUGUUGAUUAGCCUCUUGAUUGGCAAGACCACAUUUAAUCAGUUCAUGACAUUUUAUCUCUGGCCGUAUAUUAGUUGAUAAUUUAAAAUAUUUUGUUUGCUUACUUUCUUUAAUAGUGUAAAUAUCUUAAUGAAUAUUUUUGAAAACGGACUAAAAUAUGUAACUAUACAAAUGUAGAUAUUAAGAUUUCAAUACAGGUCUUCAUGAGCAGAUCCAAAAUCCUGUGCCGCUCAGAGGGUUAAGUGAUAUAUGAAUUAUAAUAAGGCAUGUUAUGAACAGGAAUAUGUUUAAAUAUGCCAAAUGAAUUUUAAAAUCUAUUUCAUGUUUUAAUAACAUUUAAAGAAAAAAUUAUGUAAAAUAUGUUUUGUAAAAUAUUUUGUGUUCAACUUUGUAUUGUUAUGAUAUGUAUCACAUUUUUAAAUAAAUGUUUCACAUGAACGCCUA